GAGCUGCUGCAGACCCACCCCAGCAGGGCCCGGGGAGGAGGAGGGAGCUGAUCUAAGGGAGGUCCCGAAGCUCCCAGCGCCGCAGCGCGGAUCCGGGGCAGGCCGGGAGAAGAUGGCAGCCGCCGCAGAAGCCAUCGCCUUGCGCCUGGCUCGGCAGGAGGAGGAGAUCCGCUGGUUAACAGCCGAGAUCGGCCGCCUGAAGGAGCAGGAGCCGGGGCGCAGCCCAGCAAGUAGCAGCCCGGAGCUGCACUGGCUGAGGGCGGAGAACGAGAAGCUGCGCUACCGGCUCCUGCACCUUCGGCGCAGCCUGACAGCUGAGCUGGGCCGCGGGGAGCAGCGGGAGCCGGGCCCCGCAGGAGGCGGCAAGAAUACCUCCAAUGCAGGCCUGACUGGUGCCCAAAAUAAGAAGAAAAAGGAGAAGAAAAAAGAAAAUGAAGUUGUGAAUGGGCUUAGGAAUGAGCUGCAGUGUGAGCCAAGCUUCAUAGAAGACAGGCUGAAGCUUUAUGAAACACUGAAAAAAGAGCAUGAUGCCUUGCUUGCUUACAGAGCAGCCAACCAGAGCAAGCCUAUCAAAGUGAUUCUGACUGAUGGUAAAGUAAUUGAAGGGGAAUCUUGGAAAAUGACACCAUAUCAGUUGGCUGCAGGAAUUAGUCGAGGACUAGCUGAUAAUGCAGUAAUAGCCAAAGUGAAUGGUGAAUUGUGGGAUCUGGAUCGUCCAUUGGAGGGAGAUUGUUCACUGGAGCUGCUUACUUUUGAUAACGAAGAAGCUCAGGCAGUUUACUGGCAUUCAAGUGCUCACAUCCUUGGAGAGGCCAUGGAAAGUUAUUAUGGAGGCUGUUUGUGCUAUGGGCCACCUAUUGAGAAUGGAUUUUAUUAUGAUAUGUACAUAGAAGACAGAGGUAUAUCUAGUACAGAAUUCCCUACAUUGGAGAACACUUGUAAAAAUAUCAUAAAAGAGAAGCAGCCUUUUGAAAGACUAGAAGUCAGUAAGGAGAUCCUACUAGAUAUGUUUAAGUACAAUAAGUUCAAAUGUCGUAUCCUGAAUGAGAGAGUUAACACGCCGACUACCACAGUAUACAGGUGUGGUCCAUUGAUUGAUCUCUGCAGGGGCCCACAUGUGAGACACACUGGAAAAAUUAAAGCCUUAAAGAUUUUUAAGAAUUCUUCUACAUAUUGGGAGGGAAAGGCUGACAUGGAAACAUUGCAGAGAAUCUAUGGAAUAUCCUUCCCUGAUAACAAAAUGAUGAAGGAAUGGGAAAAAUUCCAAGAGGAAGCCAGAAAUCGGGAUCAUAGGAAAAUUGGAAAGGAGCAAGAACUUUUCUUCUUCCAUGAUCUGAGUCCAGGAAGCUGUUUUUUCCUCCCCAAAGGUGCCUUUCUUUAUAAUACACUAAUGGAUUUCAUACGAGAGGAAUAUCACAGGCGUAAUUUUACUGAAGUAGUAUCACCUAACAUCUACAACACUAAACUGUGGGAAGCAUCAGGUCACUUGCAGCACUACAGUGAAAACAUGUUCUCAUUUGAUGUUGAGAAGGAAACAUUUGCCCUUAAGCCCAUGAACUGUCCAGGACAUUGCUUGAUGUUCGCUCAUCGCCCGCGCUCAUGGAGGGAAAUGCCUAUUAGAUUUGCAGACUUUGGGGUUCUUCAUAGAAAUGAACUCUCAGGGACUUUGAGUGGUUUGACUCGAGUCAGGCGUUUUCAACAGGAUGAUGCACACAUCUUUUGCACAAUGGAACAGAUUGAGGAAGAAAUGAAAGGCUGUCUGAACUUUUUGAAGUCAGUUUACGCAGUGUUUGGUUUUACUUUGCAAAUGCACCUUUCUACAAGACCUGAAAACUUCCUAGGAGAAGUAGAGAUCUGGGACCAUGCAGAAAAGCAAUUACAAAACAGUUUGAAUGACUUUGGAGAGCCAUGGAAGUUGAAUCCAGGAGAUGGAGCGUUUUAUGGUCCUAAGAUUGAUAUUAAAAUCAAAGAUGCUAUUGGCAGGUACCAUCAGUGUGCUACCAUCCAACUUGACUUCCAGCUACCAAUCAGAUUUAACCUUACUUAUGUGGGUAAGGAUAGUGAUGAUAAGAAAAGGCCAGUGAUCAUUCAUAGAGCUGUUUUGGGUUCAGUGGAGAGAAUGAUAGCUAUUCUAGCAGAAAAUUAUGGAGGAAAAUGGCCUUUCUGGCUCUCUCCUCGCCAAGUCAUGGUUGUCCCUGUGGGGCCUACUUGUGAAAAAUAUGCUCAGCAGGUUUGCCAUGAAUUUUUUGAAGCAGGAUUUAUGGCUGAUGUUGAUCUAGAUCACAGCUGCACAUUAAACAAGAAAAUAAGAAAUGCACAGCUUGCACAGUAUAAUUUUAUUUUAGUGGUUGGAGAAAAGGAAAAAGUGAAUAAUGCUGUCAAUGUGCGAACAAGAGACAAUAAGGUUCAUGGAGAGAUUUUGGUAACGUCUGCCAUUGAAAAACUAAAGAAACUGAAGAAAUCACAUGCUUUAUCUGCAGAGGAAGAAUUCUGAAAUUGCUGCUAACUGGGAGCCAUGUUAACCCUAAAGGAAGCCAAUUAUUUUUCCUCCUCUCUCGAAUACUGUUGUGCUUAUUUGCAAGGUCUUUGAAUUGAUGAACAAAAAUGUAGCUGAUGUGGGUGCUUUUGGGAUAGUGUGAAGGACAGAUGCAAAUCUUGGACUCCUCUAGCAAUCACAUGAAUCCAUAGCAACUGGAAAAUUCCAAUUAGGAAAAAACCCUACACCUGUGCUACAAAAUGUAUUGUUUCUGCUAUAUAAAUAAAGCUGGGGCUCCAUUACAGUGAUCAAGAGAAAAAACACUGGAAAGCGUACUUGCUGCUACUGCUAAAAAACUUAAUCAGAUAGUCAGAAGGUAGCUAUGUAACUUACUUGUCUUGCAUCAGAAACUUGGCAGCUUGUAGAUGAAAUUAAAAUGCUCCUCAUAUAUUUGUUUUGACCUCAGUUUUCUCAAAUAUUUUUGUUUGGGUCCUGCCUAGUUCCUACUGAACUAAUGUCUACAGGCUACACACAUGUUGGUAGUAUUGUUGUAAGUCUCAGCAGCAAAGACAGGCACUGAAUGGGCAUUAUGAUUGAAUAACCAUUUAUUUCAAAGGUGACCACCUAGAGAGAGGUUGAAUUAUACUGCCUAAGCAAUGUAGGGAACAUAGGUUGUUGGCUGUAGGGUUCUUGUUCUGUGAAUACAUGGAAAAUCUCCAUUUCCAGUGCUGUAAACUUGGCUCCUUUCACAAGUACUAAAUUCACUUAGAAAAGACUUAAAAACAAAACAAAACCAAAAAAACCCCAAACCCAUAGAAUGCAUUGUGGUGUUUUCUGCUUUGUUUGGGAUAUGGGCAUUAGAAAAAAAUGUUGAAAAAUCUGUUUCAUGUAAAUUUCUUUAAUUAUUUUAUCUUUACAACAGAGUUUAUUGGAAACAUCAGCCUAGUUGUAUGUUGAAUCUAAAUUUGUACUUUUAAUUGCUCCAUUUUGUAAUUAGAUUAAAAAGUUUACUCUUCCUGGCAAUUGAAUAAAUCUUCACUAGAACAAUCUGUUUAGAGAUGUUUAUUCUCUGUACAAGUCUAUGCUCUAAUUUCAUGUUUUUUUUGUACAGUUGUUUCAGUAAUGUGGCUUGUCUAAUUUUUGUACAACUUGAUAUUAAAUAGCACUAAACCAAUUGUCUGAAACAAACUAAAUUAGGUACACUGACUUACAUAAUUAGUUUCCUGACAUCUUAAAAAAUAAAGCAAAAAGUAGGAUUUAAUGUAUAAGUAUUUUACUUAAACAGAAAAUUCAAAGUUAAUAACCUUCUGUGUGACAUUUGUGCACCUUUGAGUCUACUCUUUGGGCCCAGUCCUGGGAGUCCCUGAACAUGCAAAAUUGCCUAUACUAAUCUGGCCCUUGAAGAGCAGGACGUAAUUUCAUCUAUAUAGAAAGAGUCAGUGUCUUAGAGUAGCACAGGUGUAUGACAGUGGUGUUGUGCUACAACUGGAGAAGAAGCAGCCGUAAUGGAGUACAAUAUCACAAAAAUACGUAAUUAAUUUUAUAGCAUUCAAAAAUCUUCUGUUACAGACAGGAAGACAUGAUUUCUGUCCUGAAAAGCUUACAAUCUAAUUUCAGUAUGAUGCAAUAAAUACUUUUUUUUUGUUAAUUUAAUCAAAGUAUGUAAUAUUGACAUUAGUCUAGCAUGAAGCAUAGUUUAAAACCUGUGGAAUUUGCUGUGUUCAAAUGGAUGUUAUAAAAAUAUUACUAAGCAAAUAUAUAAAGUGGUAUUUUGGAAAUAUUCAUCUGUUACUAAUGAUGUCUACAGUAAUGGUUUUCUUGCUGAUCUGUGCAAUGCCUUUAUCUUCAGAUCCUCUUUAAAGAUGUAUAUUUUCUUCCUAA